AUGUCCACUAAAGAGUCAGCCCUUAUAGAUGUUGGAUAUCCCAUAUAUGGGGCGAAAUUCGUUAAUAAUAAGACUAUAAUUGUUACCGGAGGUGGUGGAGAAGGUAACAACGGUAUUCCUAACAAGAUCACUGCCAUUAAAUGCAGCUUCAAGGUAUCGGAUAAGAGUAAAAGGUUACAGAAGUUCCGGGAAAUUAUAUUGCCUAAGAAUGAGGAUUCUCCAAUGUGUUUGGAUAUUGCUAAGGAUUCAGUAGACAACGAGGAUAACUUUUCGAUUUUUGUUGGGUGUAAUCAAUCUACCCAGUUGUUGAAAUCGAUGAACAUCAAUAACAACUUGCGGAAAUAUGUGUUUACCAGCGAGGAGCACUUGCGAUUUGUAGAUGCAGCUCAAUUGGAGGAGGAUAUCAGCAGCGAGGGAGUGGGAGAAUAUCCUAAGAUCGUCUGUUUGUCAUCGCAUAACUCAGUGGGAUGCUUGAUGACAUCCCGCAACCCAUCUGUCAUCUAUAUUUUCAACCCAGAUUUGUUGGAACUCAACUUCAAGUUUAGACCUGAAAGGGACGUCGAUAUCUUGGACUUCCACCUAAGCCCAGGUGACGAUGGCAAAACCUUAUGCUACAUCACGGCUUCAUCCAUCGAAACCAUAUCGACAGUAACAGGCAACUCAAUCGCAUCCACCAAUGCGGUAACUAACAAGGCAUUGGCUAAAUACAACCUUUCGAAGGUCCGAUUCAUCGAUGAUUCAAACAUUAUUGUCACAGCGAGCUUGAAAAACGGCAAAGGUGUGUCGAUUUUCCAGUAUUCCAUUCCUGAUAAGAAAAUUCUCAAACAGCGGGAUAUUUCUACCAAAAUUAAAGGCAUAACUGCAAUGGAUAUCUCUCUCUCGCAGGGCCUUGUGGCGUUGGCUGGAAAUGAUACGUCUGUUACUGUUCUUAGAUUGGCAGAUUUCAAGACAAUCAAAACAUUUACUAAAUUGCAUAGCUUUGCAAUUACAAAGGUUGCCUUUUCUCCACGGGGAACUAAACUUGCGUCGGUUAGUGCAGCCAAUACUCUACAUGUUAUGAAACUCCCCACUAAUUAUUCAAGUGGUAGAUCUAUUAUUGGCACAUUAGUUCAUUACAUUUUUAUGGCCGUUCUUGCUUGUUUAGUGGCUGUCUUCUUGCAGAAGUUUUACGAAAAUGGUCAAUUAAAACAGUUUUAUGAGUUAUCCAGCCAUUAUGGACAAGUAGGCAUUAAGCUUGCCAAUGAAUAUGGAGUUGCCGGUUAUCAGUUCGUUAAAGAGAAAAUACGAGGCGAAAAUGUUGAUGGUGAUGAUACAACAAAACAAUACUUCAAAAUGGAUGAAUGGAAUGAGAAUGAAACCCCUCAGUCGUCUGAAGCGUCUGUCACCAGUUUCGUGGAAUCCUAUUCGACAGAAACCACUGAAAUUGCAUCAACAAUCGUGUCAUCCGACCCAUAUUCCUUCUCUAAUGAUAAUAUAGAUAUUAGAGCGGUUACUAAGGAUAUUGAUGAACUAACAAAAGAUAGCAAUAUUAACACUGAGUCAUUUUUCAACGACACGAAUAAUUAUAUUGAAGAUUCUACCAUUAUAAAUGCUCCAAAUAUUUCUACAAGCAAUAUUGUCGAAUCUACCAUUGUUGAGACAACUGAAUUAGAAGCUGCUGAAACAGACGUUAUUCCUGAAGAUGAAGAAACUGAGAUGGUUUCCGGUGCUACCACCGAGGCGACCUCCAAUUCAACUGAGCUUUCCUAUGAAACUGAAAACUUUUCCGAAGAAGAAUUGCAAAGCGAUGUUGCUGAUGAAGAUCUCGACGAAGACGUUGAAACGGUGUCUGAUUGUGUUAUUGAAGAUAAACUAAAUGAAACGGACUCAGCCGCUGACGGUGAGACGGAUGCAGAAGAUGUUCAUGAAAAUGGUGCUGAUAUAGUUGGGUCCGACAAUGAAGAAGAAGUCGAUGACGCUGAAGUAUCAGUCGAAGAAGAAGAACACGAGGAACAUGAAGGACAAGAAGAACAAGAAGAACAAGACGAACAAGAAGGACAAGACGAACAAGACGGACAAGACGCACAAGACGCACAAGAAGAACAAGAAGAAAAAGAAGAAAAAGAAGAAAAAGAAGAAAAAGAAGAAAAAGACGAACAAGAAGGACAAGACGCACAAGACGCACAAGAAGAACAAGAAGAAAAAGAAGAAAAAGAGGAAAAAGACGAACAAGAAACUGGAGAGACGGCAACUGAUAACCUGGAUAUUAAGGAUGACAAUAUUGCUGAUGAUGAUGAAGAAGAUUUACGUUAUGAACAAGAGAAUGAAGAUAUUAAUGGCGAUCAUGAUGAUGACAAUGAAUAUGUUAUUGAUGUAAAUGAUGUAAAUGAUGACAUCGAAAAUGAUACUGCUGAAUCUGUUGACUCUGCUAAAGCUCAUAAACUGGAGCAAAUAGCUAGAGACACUGAAUCCAGUGAAUUCGAAGAGGAUGAACCUGUUGAUGAAUCAAUUAUAGAAGCUAAGGAAUCUGCAUACGAAGAUGAUAUCGAAAGUUUGAUCCCUGAUCAGGUUGAUGUUGCUUCGAACGAGGAUUUUCGUACUCAUAGCGAUAUAGAAAAUACAGCUGACAAAAUUGACGACUCUCGCCCUGCUGAUUCACCUAUUAUAGAAAACGAUAUAGAAGAGGAUGUUGAAAGCGAGGUAGAUGAUUCCUGUCCGGCUGAUUUACCACAUGCUGAUUCUUUUGACGAAAGAGAUACUGAACCAACCUCAGACGGUUAUAUUGUCGACGAUUCAACCUUUGAUCAAGAAGAUGAUGUUAGAACGCAAACUGUUUCACAAUCAUUUAUAAGCAAACAUGAUGUCGAUCCUAGUAAAGUUGUUAGUCAAUCAAGUGUUACAGCUCCUGAGAAGCAAAGUAUUUCUAUCGAUGAAGAAAGUAUUGUUACCAAACCUUUUACCAGUAAGUUUUCUACUACUGAACCUUCUACUACUGAACCUUCUACCGCUGAACAUUCUACCACUGAAUCAUUUACAAGUAACCUUUCUGCUACGAAAUCAACUACUAGUAUAUCUUCCCUCAAAUCGACUACUAGUGAGGUCUCCAGUACUGCUAGUUCAACGUCUAAGGCUUCUUCCAAGAGGUUGUCCUCUAAAAGAUCAAGUAAAACAAGAAAGGCCAAAUCAACUAAGGUAACCACACAACCAAACACUAAAGCGGCAUCCACUGAAGCUCCUCAGAAAACUAUCUUGAGUAGUAAAUUAUCAUCGAGCACGUCUUCACCUCAAUCGAAAAUCAAAAGUGCUACAAAGUCCAGCAACAAAACAAGAAUUCCGAAGAAAAGUCUCAGUAAAAAACUGACGAAAACUAGAUAUUCUGAACCUAAACCAACGAGUCAAUUGCAUGAUGAAUUGUAA